AAGCAUGCUUGUCGCUCGACUCACAGCUGCAGUCGUCUCAGCUUAAACUUUCACGACCAAGUUUCGAACCAUAUUCCUAAUUGACGAUCAUACCAGAGUGCUCUCUUCAGCCACACAUUAAUAUCUCCCGGCGUAGGUGCUUGCACCUGAAUGUCGAGCACGCGUCCCAAUGCCUCCAAGAAACCAAGUGGGGGAAGGCCUUUACCGAAACGUCUUUUCUCAUUCGACUCUUUGCGAAAACAGACUAGUGGUCACGACUCUGAGAACAGCGAUCGGGAACAGACCUUGAGGCUUGUGGAGAAAUCUGUCUUAGAAGAUGGCGAUGGCGCAUUGGCAUCUGGAGGGAGAUGGCUGGAGAAGGAACCUAUGCAUUCACCCACUGAUGAGACCCCUCGCAAGACGCCACCCGUAACGAAAGAACGCUUUCGUGCUCGUCGUCAAGGAUCAAAGCCUAUGUUCAUAGACCCAGAAUCGGCCAAUGCUAGCGACACGGGUCCUGAAGAUAUUGGAGGGAAAAUGCCCGUUUCGCCCUCUAGACGUCGAUGGGAUACUCUUCGUCAACAUGUCAUUCCUUCAUCCAGUUCGUUCUCAGAAUUGUCGACGCAUUUACCUUCCACGCCGUCAGACACUACAUCCAUUAUAUCCUCUGCUGCCCCCAGCAGACCCUCCACACCCAAGCCUUCCCGAUUUGGAGUUGGGAAGAAGGGAAUGCGCCAGGUUGUCGAGGAGGCUCGUGUGGAUUACGAGUCACGCAAGACGCUCGAAGAAAUUCGAAAGGCAUGCUGGACCGUCCGUUUUGGCGACAUGGAUCCUCGCGCGCCUCCAAAAAUGGAUAGGGAAGGUAGCCAAGGAAGUGGUGUUACUGGUAUUCAUAUUCCUUUCGUGAAUUCCAAUACACAGUUACCCAUGCAUUCAAGCUCAAGCGUCAUGAGUUUACCUAUGACCAUGGCAGCUAGAGGUGGUUUGAGACGACCCCCAUCCGUACAGUCCUUCGCGACCACCACAAGCAACGCCUCAGGAUCGCCCGUGGGUCACCUUGUCUCGCUUAUCGCAGCCCUGAAGCCGAGACCCAAGGAGCUGCCGCUUGAGCAAGACAUACUUUCCGCACUAUUAGUUCCAUUCCUGACACCUUCCAGAUUUAUGAAUGUUGAAUUAGAACAGGGCACUGCGACUGAGAUGUUCGACUUCAUCAGACGAGCUUGGCCAUCCUUUUCUGACGAGGAUGAAUUGGAACGAUGUCUGUGGUGCUGCAAAGCAGCAUCUGUUCCUUCAACGUUUCGUGGUCGAAUUCUGGGCUCUCUUUCAGGGAUUCUAUUUUCGAGAGAGGGGUCAUUCCAAGCCAAGACGCCUUUAGUACUCCAGACACUCCUUCAUAGCAUGUUCUCCUUGCUGUUCGAUCUAUCUUUCUCCUCUGGUACCACCUCCGAAAGCGACUCCGUCGCCGGAUGGAUUAUGGCAAUUCGUGAGGGACAAUGUGGUGAAUUGUCGCAAGACGAUCUCGAGAAAGAAUAUGGGGUUCGGUACUCCAAGACCGAUAAGGAUGACUCUAUUCGGGAGGCUAUCGUAGCUGAAACUGUGGCGAAAUGCCUUGAAAUUGGAUCUGAAUGCAGUCGACGUUGGGCGUUGCAUAAGCUCCUGAAGGACUACUGGCCAGUCCCGGAACCUCAUUUGACGUUGACACCUCUCCUGGUUUGUAUACAUUGGCGCAAGCUGAAGAUCUUCCUCAGCUCAGCUUUGGUGUUGCUGUCUUCGAACGCUGAGGACGGAGAUGAAUCGGAUGACUUGGUCGUCGUGGAAGUCUUUCGCUCUCGAAUACUUCCGGAGUUAGAGGCUAUGCGCACGGAUGUGGCUGCAGACAUUCAGUCCAGUGUUGUCAGACUGGUACUUGAAUUGCUCUGUAUUCGGCAAAGCGAUCAGCGGGAAUAUCUCUUGAUGCAUUUCUGUGAUUGGUACCAGAACAAGCCGGAUUGGAAAGCUAGCAUCGAGAAGACAUUGUCACAGUUAAUCGAGAGUGCCGAAUGGCGUCUCAUCCUUCGCCUUAUUCCAACUGUUGCCAAGGAACUUCCAGAUGAAAUACAACUUCCGGUCAUUUCAUUCAUUCUUCCUCUACUCACUGAUCGCCUCAUUGCCGAUCCUGCAGAAGUUCCCUGUCACGCCUUAUGCGAUUUCUUGGAGGCUAUUUCGAGAGCGUAUCCCAAGGUCUUCUAUAAGCCGCUCUUCAUAUGCGCUGCCUCCUCAAAGGAAAUCACCGUUGCGGCUCAGCUUCAAACGCUUGCUGCCAUCUCUACAUAUGUUCCUGAUUUCUGGACCAGAGAUCCGGAGAUGAUGGCGGUUGCUUUGAUGAGCGAUACAACUGGGUUGAAGGGCAAGGCACCAGCUCAACCAAUUCCUACUUGGGGAAAGUCACGGUUGGGACAAUCAGUAUUACUUAUAGAGCUAAUCGAGCAGCUGCGUAUGAUCCGACACUCGAAGGAUAUGACCGCAACUGUACCUGCAGUGAAAUUCGCAACUGCACUGGAGGUCAAAUUGGGAAUUCUCAUCGAAGCAAAGGAGCAAAGUACUUGGAUUGCAGAGCCGCAAAGAUUCUUAUUCUGCGCAUUAUUCCGUGAAAUCAGAUUACUCAAUCGUUCUCUGAAAUCUGCAUCAUGGCUACCAUCCGUCGUUUCGUGGUGUGCGUAUUGGCAAACUGCAUUGGACGACGGGGACAGAACUAUAACGCACGGAGAUGAGGCGGAAGACACGGAGACAGCGUUCCAUAAAUUGCUCGCGAUGUAUAUCCAUGUUCACGAGAAUUCGCGAAGUUCAAGCAAGCGUAGAACCACGAUGGUUUCGAUUCCCUCGUUUGAUAAGCCUUUAGCGAUCAAAACGUCGCCUUCGGAGUCGAAUGACCUGUUGGGAGGCUUCGAUGGCAGAGUCAAACUGUUGACCUCGAUGGCUCAUGCCCCGCGAGCGAUGCCUCUAGAACUCCUCGUUACUAUUUGUGGAAUGCUUGGAACCUCAGAGUACGUUCGGCUAGCACCUGUUCUUUGGAAUUGCUGUUUCGAUGAUGAUGCACGCAUCAUUGCACCGACUUGUUUCUUGGUCAUGCAAUGCGCAGAGAAAUGUCCAUCGGACUUCCUGACAUUGGCUGAAGCUGAUCUCAACAGUCCAGAUUCAGUUACGCGCGUGCAUGCACUCGAGAAGAUCAGCAUGCUCUCUAGCUGGAGAUUCCAACUCUUGUCUCAGGAAGUCAUCUUGGAUCGUUCCUUCCGUCGUCCAUUCAAGCUCGCACGACCACCGAUCCUCUUCGUUGCGACAGAUAUGGGCUCUAGCUCAUGGACUUAUGAAGAGGAUGCGAACGAAUGGAAAGAUAGUCAUGGUAAUGUGCUUCCUCUGGAACUACGGAAGCGUCUGUCCGAAAUCGGUUGGGACGAAGAAAACCGCCAAGUCGAUCCGAAGAUGCAAUGGAUACGAUCACCUAUGUCCCUUCUUCCAAGCUACCAAUUAGACCAUUUGGAUAAUAAUGCAGGAGAGCUCAUGCUUUCCCCGGAGCCGCAUAGUCCAAGUCCAAGUGCCAGCCCAAGCGCUAGUCCUCAACCUUCCCCCGUGAAGCCCUCCAGUACAGAUUCGGCUCUAACGAGACAAGACUCUAAUGCAAGUAUACGAUCUUUGGGUGUCAAGCGUCGCCCUGUCUUUGUUCCAACCCUACUUACGCUCUUCCCUCUAUUGGCAAAAAUGGUAUCGGAUCGCGACUUUUCUGUAUCCGCUGCAGCCCUUGAUAUCGUAUUCGACUUCAUGCGAGAUGACCCAGCACUCAUCGGCAGAGAGAUAUUCGCCUUGUUAUCUGGUGAUGAAGCUAGCGUCAUCGCUGGUAUUUCCGCUCUACGGGCAUUCUUACAUGUUAGGCAUGUGCUGCCCCCCGCCAUGGCACACUUUGUGUUAAAUCAUUUGACUGGCUUUUUGAAGUCUUUGGUUCGAAGCACAGAAUCGUUGACACCCUUGCAAAACUAUGCAUAUUCGGUUCCCAUCAUCGCAAACCUUUUUACGCAGGUCAGUAACCUCUCUAUGCGCGAACUGCGCCGAAACAAGGUGGACAUGUUCUUCGUUCCCACUGGAUCUCUCUGGUUUCCUCCCACGGCACCCGCGAGUUCGAUCUUCCCAAGGUGCCUUCCUGGAAAUUUGAACCCCUUUGACAGUCUCCCCAUGCCUCUCGUAUGGAUGACGCUGGUUCGCACUAGCCAGAACAGAUUAUUUCUGAGCCUAUUGAAACGAAACCCACAGGACGCUCAAAUUCUGAGGAAGAAUGCGACCAGUCUGGUUCUCCCUUCCCCUGACAAUGAGGAGGAGACCAAUCUUCUCUCGUUGAAUAAUCUGCUUCCCAGGAAGCCGGAUAUCAACAGGAAGCCAUGGACACCGGGACAAGUCACGUUGCGAGACCUUUCCCUGACUCUUGCUCGUAGUUACCUGCUGUUGGCAGGUCAAAUAUUCCAAUGCCUCAGUAGACAUCUAAACGACCGCGCAGAGCUCUCUAUCUGGAUGGAUAGCAUCAGCACUAUCCUGGUGCGUCAUGGGAACGACGUAGGAAUUGUGGCCCACUCUAUGAUUGUGCUGAUGGUCGCUUGUACUCGUUUCCGCCGAUUCUUCACGUCUGGCGGCGGCUAUACGUUGUUCAUGCCUGCAGUCAUGAAGGUGUAUAUCGAGGCUGAUCACCAUCCUGGAAUCCGGAAUGCGAUUGAAUACGCGGCAAGUCGAUUUUUCGCUUUACAUCAAGAUACGUUUGUCUUCCAGACGUUGGAUGUCAUGACCCCAGUCGUUACCUCACCCAGCGUCGAUGAUGGAUGGAUUGCGUCCGGAAUCUACACCUUAUUUGCUUCGCUGAAUGGCAGUGUGCUUGCUUCUGUGCCGGAUGCCGCGGGUAUACAUGGUUUGAAUAGACCACAAGAGAAGGAGGCUUUGAUGAUUACUGCUGCGGAGGAAAUACCACAGACAUUUUUGGCAUCGCUCAAACGGUCGAAUAGUCAAGAUAAUGCUCUACCUACGAUUCCUGUACCGGACGAGUAUGAGGGCAAGCGCUUGGGGAUGGACAACUUCGUUCGAUUGUUUCUCACAGUCAUUGCCUAUAAUCCAACCUCCCAACGAGCGGAACAUUUCCUCCGUCUACUUCGCUUACUGGCUCCCCAACUCUACCAUGCGUCCGGUUCGGCGAGGAUGGUUCUUCGAGAUGGCACUGUUGCCCUGGGCAAUAUACUGCUGACCAAAACUGUAUCCAAGACCAAGAAUGUAGAUGAGGGUCAUAUCCAACCUGCGGAUAACUUCAAUACCGAAGUUCUAGCACAGAUUAAUGGUCAAGGGCCAUCGUCUUCGAUCAACUCACGGGCAGGCGACCCUCUAGUCAUGCGUCUUGACUACUUAUCCCUCGUAAUCGCCUUCACGAAGCCUGGUGGUCUUUUCAGUCACAGUGCUUCGCAACGAAUCAUUGAGCUGGUGAAGGCCAUUUUGAAGGAGUCUCGUGUCAGUGUUGGGCAAAUAUCGACCUUCAUCGCCGAUUUCGCCAGACAUGUGCUACUACGCGAACCACCACCUCCCCUCAAGCAGGUUGUUUCUCUGCUGAACGAUCUCGCACCUGUCGUUAGUGCAUACAGUACUUCGGUUGACUUCUCUGGUUUAUAUGAUGUCAUCGCUGAGUUGGCUGGAAAUACGGUGUUUGGGAACGAGCGAACAUUCGCGAACCUCGUCAUCAACCAAUACUGCCGUAGUGGUCUUGACGCGUGUGAGCUCGCGGCCUCGGAAGGUCUCCUAUUCUCGCUGCCCUUGCGAACCAGUCUCCUCCGACUGUUGCAGAACACUGUGGCAAUGGUGGGCGCUGACGUGAUGGCGGAAUUAGAGAGGAAAGCACCAUCUCACGAGUUUCUGGCUGGAGUAACUCUACCGUUCGCACUUUCUCUCAAGACUGCAGCAGAUAUCAUGGCAGCCAGUCAGUUCGCAGAUACCUGGCGGCGGGAUGCGCAUGCUAGAGCAUGGGUGCGACUUUUGACCUAUAUCCUCUCCAUCUGCCGCUCUGUCGACAGCCAGGGGAAGCAUGCUAGAAAAUCAUCAACCUCGGGGUCGGAGAAGAAUGGCACCCCUAGCUUUUCGUCGGUCAUGACAUUCUCGAUCGCUUUACAAAUCCUGAAAGUGAUAGUCGUCCGUGCUGAGGAUGAUAUAUCCAGAGCUAUGCCUGGUAUCUGGGCGCAGAUUGGGAUGAUUCUGAGGUCCUCUUUAUCAGAGGGGGAUGCAAGUUUCGCCUUACAAUUUUUCGAGCACUCGGAAGCACCUUCUCCAACCCAGUCACCUCGCGUCAGUUCAUUUGGUGAGAAGCAACAACACCUGUCUGCCUUUCCAUCAAGUAUAUCUAUGCAUAGUCGACGCUCGCUCGCCUCGCCACGAAUGAUAGACUACUUGGCCUGGUCUUUCAUCCAUUGGCUUUGGCUUAGACGAAGUCCGCUUAUGAUUCAGAUGCGUAUAUUCAUUCAGGAAAGAGUCGCAACUAUUUAUGAUGAGUUGACUCAAAGAGACAAGUUUCCAAACAGCCCUUCUCGCCGUAGUCGCCGUAUCUCAUCGGUAUUCUCAAAACCACGAAAAAGUCUUGUAUCUGGGAGCGCUCCAUCCUCAGCCAACUCCACUCCACGCAAUUCCUUUCUCGGACCUUCAAUCUCCAUGCCUAUGUUCACCGAAUUUGGUGCGAGUGCAUCCACUCUUCAAGUCUCCACGGAUUCGACUCGCCAAGCUGGUUAUGCUCGCUUGGCCAGCCCGAGUUCCCCUAGUCGAAGAGCCUCACAAGAGUCGAAUGCUCCGAAGAUCGUUCACUUGGGCCCUGUUAGCCCUAACACCGCUUUAGCAUCCCUUGGUCUUCCAAGAUCAGUUUCACCUGGUGGAACCCGAUUACGAGAUGUGAGCGUCCGGACUUUGGCCAGGGAGAUGACCGUGACUUCUCCACUCCUCAUUCGAAUGACAUAUCGUCGUAUACGGUUGGUGCAACAUCUGAUGGGAUACAGAACUCUGUUACCUAUGAAUGGCAGCACGUUCGGAGAGGACGAUAAUCCUGACGCUGAGGUGAAAGCCUGGACAAAGCGGGAUGCACUUGAUGCCGUUGCACAGGAGACGAAGGAUUUGUUAGACGAAUUCCGAGAGAACUUUUCCUUCGAUGGAGACGAAGGUGUUAUUGUUGAGUCUGGAGAACAAGGAGAACCUGAUCUCUAGGUCACCCAGCUGACCUUUAACGAUGUCCGGCGUGUAUAUUGUGCUGUUUUGAACUAUCUUGCUAUGAUUACUACCCUGUUGUUUUGUUAUCGUUUGUGCAUUUGUACGUUAUGUAUUAGAUAGUGCGGAGGCUGGAGUAGAGUAGAUGGAAUAAAUACCCUUUCCUGCUUAGCGCUUCGCAGAAGU